AUGACGACAAGUAUUUUGACUUCUCUUAUGAUGAUUAUUUGGUUAACAGUUAGACAAGUUCGAGCUGAUUGUCAAAAUGAUACAUCAACUGAAUCGACAUUUGUCUAUCGACGUGUUUGUUAUUUUGCUAAUUGGGCAGCUAAACGAUAUGAUAAUAUCAGUCGUUUAACUCCCGAAGAUAUAGAUCCAUUUUUAUGUACACAUAUUAAUUUUGCUUUUGCUAAAGUACUUGAAAGCUUAACAAUAGCACCAUAUGAAGAAGAUGAUUUAAAAGGAUGGACAGCAAAUUCCAAAGGCAUGUAUGAACGUGUAUUAAAAUUAAAAGAAGCCAAUCCUGAUUUACGUAUACUUCUGAGUGUUGGAGGAUGGACACAUGCAUCUCGUGGUUUUAAUGAAGUAUCAAAAAGUGCUGCCAAUAUAAUUUGUUUAUUUAUUAAAUACAGUAAAACUUUUGUCAAGAACAGUGUGAAAUUUUUACGUGAUAAUAAAUUUGAUGGAUUAGAUUUAGAUUGGGAAUAUCCUGGAGCAAAAGAUCAAGGUGCUGAACCUCAUUCUAAAACUGGAUAUACGAAAUUGGUGAAAAAAUUAAGUCGAGUAUUCAAACGAGAAGCUGAACGUACAGGACAAGAAAAAUUAUUAUUGACAUGUGCUACAGCUGCUGCACGACAUCGAGUCGAAGCUGGUUAUGAAGUAGAAGAAGUUUGCAAUUAUGACUUAAUAUUUUAUUGUGCUAAUAUAGAUGACUAUCAUGGUAGCUGGGAUGGUAAAACUGGACAUAAUAGUCCAUUAUAUGCAAUGCGUAAUGAACGAAAAAAAUUUCGUGAAUGGAAUAUAAAUAGUUCUAUGCAUGUAUGGGUUGAACUAGGUUGUCCAAAAGAAAAACUUAAUAUUGGUCUUUCAGCUUAUGGACGAGCUUUUUCAUUAUUUGGAGAAACAGGUAUGAGCAAUGGUAAACCAGAAACAAAGAAAAAAUCAUCAAUUGGAGUAAAAGCAAGUGCUGCUGAAGCUGGAAAAUAUACACGAGAGGCAGGUGUUCUUGCUUACUAUGAAAUUUGUGAGUUAAUUCAAAAUAAUCCAAAUAAUCGUGUAUUUUGGCAUCGACAAAUGAGCGUUCCAUAUGUAUCAAGUAAAUCCUUAUGGAUUGGUUUUGAUAAUGUUCGAAGUGUUACACUUAAAAUGCAAUUUUUAAAAGAACAUGGUUAUGGUGGUGUGAUUAUUUGGUCAUUAGAUCUUGAUGAUAAAACAGGUGAAGUUUGUCAUGAAGGACCAUUUCCAAUAUUUAAUGCAGCAAAACGUGAAUUACUUAUUUUACCUGAUUAUCUUAUUAAUAAUAAUAAAAAGUGUUCGGAUGAUAAUACAACAGUUAUAAUUGAACAUCUGCGUUCAAAAACGACAAUAAUCAAACAAAGUAAGAUUAACAAUAAAAUGAUAUUACAUAUAAUUAAGAAUAAUUUCUCAAUUCUCUAUUUUAGAUUUUUUCUUUCUUUUUUACCUGGUGCUACUAGAUUUAUUUAA